CUCAGCUGAAGCCUGGAAGUGUAUCGAAUCGAUUUUUUUCUGGUACAAUAAUUAUUAUUUAAUUUCAACUAAAUCGUGUUUUGAACAUACUUUGUCAUAUUAAUGACUAAAUUUUUUAGUGACUAUGGAAAAUAAUGCAGAGCAAUCAAACCCCAAUCCGGUAGUUAUGCUGCCACCUCCACCGCCACCGCCUGGAAUGUUUCUGGCAGGCCCCGGUUGGACGCCUGGCCAAGAACGACCUUCAUUACUUGGGGCUCCUGGUGUUCCGUCACUAUUGGGAAAUCCUGGUGGUUCCCCAUCAUUGUUGGGUGCACCGGGAGGUCAACUACCCUCAAUGAUGGGGCCACCCGGAGCUAAAGCGGUCUCACUGCUGGGUCCUCCGGGAGGUAAUCCUCCCGUCGGUUCUCUGAUUAAUACUCCUGGCCAGCCGACAAUGGGAGUUCCCGACAAGCCAGAAGAUUCAAAUAAUGUUCUUCCAUUGAUGUCAAUCAAUUUGGGAAAUUCCGAACUGGAGCUGGAAGACAAGACACCAUCUGAAUUGAUUCUUCCUAAAGUGUUGGAGGAUGUACUCGCACUUAAAACGAUUCGCGCCAAAGAGUUAGGCGCGGAAGAAGUUCUGGCCACAACCGGUGCUGUGGUACCAACAAUUCCAAUGCAACCGCCUCCACCGGCUGGAGUUAUGAGCUCCUAUCUCGACAUGGAAGGCGAUUCGGACGAGGACAAUAUCGAUGGUAUGGCUCCGCCACCGCCAGUCAUUUCCAAGGCGGAAGGUAGAUUGGAUAGGAACCGUAGGCGGAAGCAACGAAAGAAGGACAAUAGAAGAGCCAGGCGGGAACAACAGGCGAUUGUUUUGCAACAACGUGAAAAAGACAAAGAAAUUCAGCCGAAGGAAACCAUAACCAAUGGUAUUGAACAUGAACAGGAUAAGUCUAAGGAAAAUGACAAGGAGCCAGAAGAUCCGAAGAAAGAAGAAGAUAAAUCGAAGGAACAGGAAAAGAGUGUGAAAGAUGAUUCUGACAAGGAGAAGGCUAGAGAAAAGGAUAAAUCAAAAACGAAAGAAAAAGGAAAGAAGACCGAAAGAGAGAAAAAGAAAGACAAAGUUAAAGAAACCUCGCUGAUCGAAGAUGAACUGGAAAAAGUGGAGAUUGAAUAUGUUCCAGAGAAACUCACAAUCGCAGAUUUAGCUCCUAUGUAUCGUCAGUUCUAUCGGGUGUUCGAAAUAUUUAAACUCGAAACAAAGCCGAAGGAGGUGGCAAAAACAGAAACGACAGAAACCGAAAAGACCACUGCGACUAAAAAACCUAACGAGAAAGAUGACGAUGACGAUGAUGAUGACCCAAUGGAUAUGGAAGACCAGGACGAAAAAGAACGAGUUUCGAAGCGAAAAAUGAAGAAACUAACAAGAUUGAGUGUAGCCGAGUUGAAACAACUGGUGGCACGGCCGGAUGUGGUUGAGAUGCAUGACGUAACGGCAAGAGAUCCAAAGCUUCUAAUUCAAUUGAAAUCUCACCGUAAUACGGUGCAAGUUCCGCGGCAUUGGUGCUUCAAAAGAAAGUACUUACAAGGAAAGAGAGGCAUUGAAAAGCCUCCCUUCGAGCUACCGGCCUUUAUCAAAAAGACCGGUAUCAUGGAAAUGAGAGCUUCAUUGCAGGAGAAGGAUGAAGCAAAAACGCUGAAAGCUAAAAUGCGUGAGCGUGCUAGGCCAAAAAUGGGCAAGAUUGAUAUUGACUAUCAGAAACUACACGAUGCAUUUUUCAAAUGGCAAACGAAACCUCGUAUGACAAUUCACGGAGAUUUGUAUUACGAAGGAAAAGAAUUCGAAACCCGGUUAAAGGAGAAGAAACCUGGCGAUUUGUCGGAGGAGCUGCGAGUUGCUUUGGGAAUGCCUAUUGGACCAGCUUGUCACAAAAUUCCACCACCGUGGUUAAUAGCACAGCAGCGCUACGGACCUCCUCCCAGCUAUCCGAAUCUUAGAAUUCCCGGAUUGAAUGCACCAAUCCCGGAGGGCUGUUCCUUUGGUUAUCAUGCCGGUGGAUGGGGCAAGCCACCGGUCGACGAGAACGGCAAACCACUGUACGGUGACGUGUUUGGUAUGAGCGCUAGUGAACAUGAUAACGGUCUUGGCGAGGAAGAAAUUGAUCGCACCCAGUGGGGUGAACUUGAAUCUGAAUCGGAGGAAUCGUCCGAAGAGGAAGAAGAGGACGGUGAAGAUCUUGGGGCACCAGUGGACGAAAGUGGUCUCAUUACACCGGCAGAAGGUCUGGUCACUCCGUCUGGUCUAACCAGUGGCGUUCCGGCAGGAAUGGAAACUCCGGAUACGAUCGAAUUGCGCAAGAAGAAGAUUGAAAGCGAAAUGGAAGAUAACGAAACGCCAGUAUUGUACCAAGUUCUACACGAACGGCGUAACGAACGCAUUGGGGCUUCGAUGAUGGGAUCGACUCAUGUGUACGAUUUAGCUGGAGCAACUGCCGCAGGAGCCGUUGGUGGACCUCGUGCAGGUCGUGCAGGGCCGCUUGAUCGUGAAGGUAUGGUUGAAUUAGCUCUGGAUCCGUCAGAAUUGGACAUGGAUAACGAUGCAAUGGCUCAGCGAUACGAACAGCAAAUGCGAGAGCAGCAAAGCCACCUGCAGAAGGAGGAUCUUUCCGAUAUGUUGGCGGAGCAUGUGGCGCGACAAAAAUCGAAGCGGAAACGGCAGCAGACCGAUACAACCAGCAAACAGCAGAAGAAAUACAAAGAGUUCAAAUUCUAGACUGCUGGUCGCUCUCAAAAGAAAAAAUCUACUAUUAUUGCAUAUUUCAUACCUGUAACACCAUGGACAUAAAGGUAUCAACUACAAUAAAACACGUAACUGCUAUACGAAA